AGCAAAUUAUUGAGGGAGGUUUGGUAGAAACAAUAACAAAACCCCCAAAUUACCUCUACUCUCUUCUCUUGUUCUCUGGUUGAUGAUCUCCAUACAAGAAUCAAAUAACUCUGUUAAUGAGGAGUGACAAAGAUCACGCUUUUCUCUCAAAGGUAAUGGGGGAUAAGAAACUUAUAACUAUAUGUCAAUCUGGGGGUGAGUUUGUGACAAAUAAAGAUGGUUCAUUGUCAUACAAUGGCGGAGAUGCUCAUGCAAUUGACAUUGAUAACGAAACUAGGUUUGAUGAUUUCAUGUUGGAGGUUGCUGGAAUGUGGAAUUAUAGUCCUGAGACUAUGACUAUGAAGUAUAUUCUUCCAGGUCAUGGAAAAACACUUAUUACGAUUUCUAAUGACAAAGAUUUGCAACGUAUGAUCAACUUCCAUCAGAGUUCAACCACGGCGGAUAUUUUUGUUAUAACCAGAGAUGUUAUUCAUCAUGAUGUGUCCAACAUGCCUGCCAGUAGGUCAAGUAGGACAACCAUAUCAGAAGCUGUGGUUGCUAUUGAUGAUACACCAGUUGAUGGCAUUAUUAUAAACUCAGUUGAACCAGAUGCAGUAUUUGAUGUUCCUCUUGAAAGUAUAUCUCCAAAUCAACCGCCAGCUAUUGCUGUCACUGCUGCAAGUGCUGCCAAGCAUCAUAGAGCCGUAGAAUGGGAAAACACUAUCACUGGUGUUGACCAAAGGUUUACAAAUGUUCAUGAAUUCCGUGAAGCAUUGCGUAAAUAUUCUAUUGCACACGGGUUUGCUUACAAAUUCAUUAAGAAUGAUAGUCACCGUGUAACUGUCAAAUGCAAAUCGGAAGGUUGUCCAUGGAGGUUACAUGCGUCGAGGUUGUCGACUACCCAGUUAUUCUGUAUUAAAAAGGUAAGUGGAGUGCAUUCAUGUGAUGGGUCUAUAUUAACAAGUGGAUAUCAAGCUACAACGAACUGGGUGGCAGAAAUUGUUAAGGAGAAACUGCGAGAAUCGUCAAGCUACAAGCCGAAGGAUAUCGUUACUGAUAUUAAACGAGAUUUUGGUAUUGAGCUGAACUAUUCGCAGGCUUGGCGUGCAAAAGAGAUUGCCAGAGAGCAGCUUCAAGGGUCUUACAAAGAAGCAUACAAUCAGUUGCCAUAUUUCUGUGAGAAGAUAAAGGAGACAAAUCCAGGUAGUCAUGCUACAUAUUCCACAAAGGAAGACUCGAGUUUUCAUCGUCUGUUUGUUUCUUUCCAUGCAUCUUUGCAGGGUUUUGAACAAGGUUGCCGCCCUCUCCUUUUCCUCGACAGCACGUCUUUAAACUCUAAAUACCAGGGAACUUUGUUGUCUGCAACUGCAGCUGAUGGGGAUGACGGUGUAUUCCCAGUUGCAUUUGCCAUAGUAGACGCUGAGACCGAUGAUAACUGGCGUUGGUUUCUAGUAGAGCUGAGCUCUGCAGUUUCCACUUCUCAAAUUACGUUUGUAGCAGAUAUGCAAAAGGGUUUAAGUGAAUCAAUACCUGAGGUAUUUGUUGAUGCUAAACACAGUUACUGCCUGCGGUAUCUUACAGAGAGUUUCAAGAGAGAUCUGAAGAUGCAGUUUUCUAAUGAAGUGAAACGUCUUUUGGUUGCUGAUCUUCACUCUGCUGCUUAUGCUACUAGAUACGAAGAAUUCCAAAGGAGCCAUGAAAGUAUCAAAGGAAUUUCUCCUGAAGCAUAUAACUGGGUUCACCAAAAUAAGCCUGAGCAUUGGGCUAACGUGUUCUUUGAGGGUGCAAGGUAUAACCAUAUGACAGCCAAUUUCGGGGAAAUGUUCUACCAAUGGGUAUCAGAGGCUCAUGAAUUACCAAUAACACAGUUGGUUGAUGUAAUCCGGCGGAAGAUGAUGGAGUUGAUAUAUACACGUCGGGUGGAUUCCAAUCAAUGGGAGACUACACUAACUCCAUCUGCAGAGCAAAAAAUACGGAAAGAAACUGCGAAAGCACAAUCUUUUCGUGUGGAUUAUGAUGUGAUAUUUCCACCUAAUAAUAACAAGUUUGAGGUUCGUGGGGACUCUUACACUGAAAAAGUGGACAUUGGGCAAAAAUGGGAUUGCAGUUGCAAAGGAUGGAAUUUAAGUGGAUUGCCAUGUUCCCAUGCAAUAGCUUGCAUUUUGUACAUUGGCAAACACCCGUAUGCUUACUGCUCCAGAUACUUCACUACUGAGACUUACCGAACAACCUAUUCUCAGUCAAUAAACCCUGUUCCAAAUGAAGACAUGCCUACCAAAAUAGAUUCGUCUGAAGGGGCAGUCCUGAUAACCCCUCCUCCUGCUCGGCGUACACCUGGUCGACCAAAAUCACAGCGGGCACAAGAUCUGGACAAGCGGAAACUUCAGUGUAGUAACUGCAAGGGUUUUGGACACAAUAAAUCGACAUGCAAAUCCAUCUAGAGAUAUUAGACUUCUGUAGUUGGUCGAUUAUGCUUUGGGUUUGCAGAUGAUAAUACUACAUUUCGGAGGAAACUCCAGGGUACUACCUCCAUGCAGCACGAUGACUCAGGCACUCCAUGUAUGUAUAACAACAGCACCUUGCCUGCUUCUAUAUUUGCACAGUACAAUACAUAAUUGGAGCGGAUGCUGCCUGCCUCGUGGGCCUAAUCGUGAAGAUAAGAUGAUGAACAUGUUCAGCUACUGUUGGGUUGCUAUUACAUUUUUUCUUUCCCGAAAGUAAUAAAUUAAUAAUAGGAUUCUGUGGCUUUUAGUAUCUGCAAGAGUAUGGCAUGCACGGUGGCACAAACUACAGCUAGUUAUAUUGGAUUUAGGGAUCACUUUUCGUUGGAAUGAUUUGAGUUUAGUCUUGAAGAGCAGUCGUGGAUUCAUUUAUCCUAGAUGAGAAUGUAGAAAGUUGUAGGAAUUAUUAUUUAGAAGUGAAAUAGCUGAACAUGAUUGAAACAGAGUCGAACUGUGGAGAAUGAUUAAAGAUGCAUAGAGUAAGUCAUUUGUGGUUUACUUACUUGGAAGAUUGACAGGUUAAAUAUAGUUGUCAUUGGUUUUCUUAACAAGAAUAAUACAGGUGAUUUUCAUAUGUUAAUUGUAUU